CUGACAGUGCUUUCUUACCCCUAAUUGGAGAGCGCUCCAUCUCCCGUCUCCCGUCUGCUUCCGUCUGCCAAUUGAUUAGCUGUGAUGGCUAAGUGUAUAUAGUGUGAUCGAAUUAGCAUAAGUUUUGUGAAUAUAUAAUCAAAAUAUAAAUCCGAGAUAUAAAAAGACAUAUAAAGAAAAUAAAUCAUGGUUCAACAAUACCAAUCACCCGUGCGAGUUUACAAGCAUCCGUUCGCUCUUGUCAUGAUGGCAUACGAGCGUAGAUUUCCAACAUGUCCACAGAUACCAGUUUUUGUUGGAUGUGAAAUUUUGUUGGAUGAAGAGAGCGAGAAUGGCGCUAUUAGAACUACAGAAAGACGAUGUAAAUUAAAUGUUGAAGCACCUUAUAUCUUGAAAAAGAUAAUUGGUGUAGAUUUUGUAUACUUCAUUCAAAGGAAUGUUUUAGAUAGGCGCAAUAAUGUUUUAGAAAUAGAAGCUUACAACGAAAGUUUUGCCAAUAGAGUAACAGUUAUUGAAAAAUGUAGAUAUUUUAUACAUCCUGAAAAUUCAGAAUGGACUUGCUUUGAACAAACGGCAAGUUUAGAUAUUAAAAAUUUUUUUGGUUUUGAAAACUCAAUGGAAAAAUUAGCAAUGAAGCAAUAUGCUCAAAAUAUUGCUAAGGGUAAAGAAAUUAUUGAAUAUUUUGUAAAUCAAUUGAGAGAAGAAGGCAUUACCUAUGUUUCUCCUUGGAAAGAUCCACAGGAAGAAUCUUCUGAAGAAGAAAAGAAAAAUGUGGUUGAAAAUAAUGAGUUAUAUAGUGACAAAGAAUUAUGUAAUGCCGACAGCAAACUGCCCAACAAAAGAGAGAUGCAACUAUCUUCGGAUUAUAUAGAGAGAUACCUAGGGAAACUAGAUAUGAUGCAAGAAAGCAAAUUAGUGCAACUUAGACAUAGUAUAGAGGAGUUGAGGGGAAGCUCGGUACCUGGUUAUGCAACGCUUCUACGGUUCCUGAGGGCUACCGAAUUUUCGGUCGAAAAAGCUAAAGAAAUGUUAACACAGUCCUUACACUGGAGAAAAAAGCAUCAAAUCGAUAAACUUCUUGAUGAAUAUGAAAUGCCACAAGUAAUUAAAGAUUAUUUUCCUGGUGGCUGGCAUCACUUUGAUAAAGAUGGACGACCUUUAUAUAUUUUAAGACUGGGUCAAAUGGAUGUCAAAGGUCUACUUAAAUCGAUUGGGGAAGAUGAAUUGUUAUUACUAGCUUUACAUAUCUGCGAAGAAGGUCUACACUUGAUGGAAGAAGCUACUACUGUUUGGGGACGUCCAGUCUCGCAAUGGACUUUAUUGAUAGAUUUAGAAGGUUUAAAUAUGCGUCAUUUAUGGAGACCUGGAAUAAAAGCAUUAUUGAGAAUAAUAGAAAUAGUCGAGGCAAAUUAUCCAGAAACAAUGGGAAGAGUUUUAAUCAUACGUGCUCCUAGGUGUUUCCCUAUUUUAUGGACACUUAUCAGCACUUUUAUUAAUGAAAAUACUAGAAAAAAGUUUAUUUUCUAUUGCGGUUCAGACUACCAAGAACAAGGUCCUGGAGGUCUUAGUGAAUACAUUAAUCAAGAGUUUAUUCCUGAAUUUCUUGGUGGUUCUUCAGAGACGUACAUAAUGGAAGGUGGAGUGGUUCCAAAGAACUUGUAUAGAGUGGACUUGGAGGGUACCCCUGGUGAACAUGAGCAUAGUUUAUAUCACUCCAUCAGUUUGAGUCGUGGUCAAACGCAUCAUGUAUUCAUAGAAUCAGAUGAUCCUGGUGCUGUUUUGACGUGGGAUUUUGAUGUAAUGCGGCAUAAUGUUGUGUUUACAGUUCUCCACAAAUCUCGAAAUAACGAAAAUGCUGAUAUAGCAGAAAUCCCAGAGCUUGCAAUAGGUGGUGACCAUGAAGUCAUUGCUGCAAAAGAACUAAAAGAUAAUUAUGUUAAAGUCGAGCCUAGUAUAGUUUGUCAUGAUGGUGAAAGCAUCCAAGGAACACAUAUCAUGCAAAAUGCAGGUAUCUACAUAUUACAAUGGCAAAAUCAAGAAGACCAAGCAGAAUUUCUUCCAUCUAUUAGUUCUCAUAAAGCUCAACUUAUGUAUUUUUAUGAGACAUUGCCAUCUGCGCAUUACAGGGGUUCAAUGAUGAGUUUGCAGUCUGCUAUGAGUGGAAGAUCAGAGGCUAGUUCAUCAUUAUCCAGAUGAAAAGCGAUGGAAGUGAACGUUGAAUUGCAAGAGACAUGAAAUCAUUUCAUUUCUAAUGUUUUAGUGACAUAUGUUAUAAAAACAUGAAUCUCUAAUUUGUGUUUAAGGAAACUACAAUGCAAUUCAGAUUUUAAUUAAUCUGAUAUUUUAAUCUUUUUUUGACGCGAUUGCCUCUAUGUACAUCACCAAUCCAAUUAUGAAGCCUAAAAUACUCACGUUGACAAUUACAAAGCCAAUGAUACAUUAUAGUUGUUAAAUAAUAAUAUAUAUAUAAUAAUGUUAUUUAUUUGAACUUUAUUUUCAUAUAAAGAUAAAAUAUAGAGGAAAUUUAGUACUAAAAAUAAAAUCUUAUAUAAAGAUCAUAUAUAUACAUACAUUUUAUAUAGAUCAUAUGCAAUAUAAAGAAUAAAGAUACCGUUGCAAAAGAAAAUUAUAAUUUCUAGCUCUAAAGUAGACGGUACUACAAAUUGUGCAAUUGAAUUGUGAUUUAAUAUUAAUUUAUAUAAACACAUAUAUUUACACAUAAAGAACACGGGUAACGAAAAAUGUUCUUCCCUUAUAAGAUUACAUUUUACUCAAAUUAUUCUUAAGGAAAGAUGCAUAAAAAAGCUAAUAUUUAUAGUACUAUAUUAAAUAACAUUCCAUUACUCUGAAUGAUAGAACAUGUAUUUAAAUUAUUAUUUAUGUAUUUCCACAAAUCUUUUAAAUAUUAAUCUUUUAAUCUAGUAAGAAGAUUAAUAAAUUGUAAGGUCGCAAUAUAAAUUAUUGUUUCGAAUAUGUUAAUUUAUUAUUAAUAUAUUUAGAUCAAGUUAAAUAUAUUAUGCGUUUUCUAGCUAUCUAAAAAUUAAUAAAAACAUAAUACGUUUUUAAUAAUUAUGUGCCAAUAAAUGUUAAAAUUAAUGAAAACAUUUUCAGUACAAUGGAAUGAAUUAUCAGAAAUUAAACAGAGAGGAAAUUUUGAGAGAUUAUAGUAUAAUAUAUUAAUAUAAAAUACAAUUCAUAUUCACUAAAAAAAAUAUGAAUAAGUUUCGACAAGAUAAUAUUUUAAAAUAUUAUUAAUUUUUAGAUACUGUAUAAAAAUUCAUUAACUUUAUACAUAAUAUUUGUAUAAAUUAUUUAAUGAUAAAAUAGCGUUAAUAUGUGUUGUAAGGUAUAAUAAUUAGAUAAUCUUAAUUCUCUCUCUCCUUCUCUACAAUGCAGGAUAAAAAAGAUACUCGAAGAAAAUAAAUAUUGUAUAAUAAAAUAGUCAUAUAAUUGGAGAGUGAGAAUAAUAUAAAAAAUAGAGAAAGUGUGUUGAAAGAAUAUACUCAUACUUUCAAUAGAAAAUGUACAGAGAAAGCUAAUCAUCAAGAAAUAAUUUGUAAGAUUACAAGCUCUAUUAUAAUUGACUAUACCACAAUGAAUAGAAACAUUAUUACUAUGUAUUCUUAACAAAUUCCGUCUUGAUGAUAAUUAAUUGCAAUUAGUGAUAGUCCAGAUAAAAAAAAAAUGUAUUUUUCAAAUGAAGAUUUUUAGGAUGAACACAAAAACCAGAUGUGUUUUUGCUAGAAUAGUACAUGGUAUAUAAUAAUAUGAUCAAUUAUAUUUGUUAAAUAGUUAAUUAAAAAUGUGUACCAGUUAUUCAUCUUAACAGCAUCUACAAAAAUUUUUAGAAUGUAGCUGUGUAACUAGUAUGUAUGAAAAAUGUAUGUAGUAUAUUAUUACAGCAAGAAAUAUAGAAUAUGUAUAAAUUUA